GGUAAGCAGCUGGUAUUCAGAUUUUGUCUGUGAGGAUUGAGGAUUACUAUACUAAAUUACGUGUAUAAUAAAGUAAGAUCAAAUUUAAUAUUCUCUAAGUAUUUGCAACAAAGUGUAUUUAUCUCAAAUUACCGGCGUCUAUUGUUGACAUCUGAACUCAGUAGAAAUCAGGGGAAAAGGAGCAUUAAUAAUGUAAUAAAAUAAAUAUGGAAAAUUUGAAUCAUAAAAUAUCACAACUUGAACAUUAAACAGCUAGUAUAACGAAAUUGAAGAAAAAUGUAUGGAACACAAAAACAAAUUAUAAUUCGCCUUUUAUUCUGGAAGACGCUAUUAAACGUCUGUUCCGCAGAAAUCGUAAAAAGAUCGCCUCUUGAACUCGGCUUUGUGACGUUUCCUGAAGUUGAGAAGUCGAGAUUUGUUUUAUUUAAUAUGACUAAAGUAGAGGAAGUGAAGUCGCCAGAAAAAGAAUUUCACGGUCUAUCCACGAAAUCGCCGAUUAUCACUCACAGCACUGAAUGGAUACAGGGUUAUAUUAAAGACCAUGCUUUUAUACCAGCCCAUAUUCACCAUAUCUUCAUACCCUUUGUGAUUUCGGUGAAACAUCAUGCAUCCUAUAACGAGCACAUAUAUCCAGAGAUCAUUGGAGGAUAUGGAAUAGGUCAGCAAUCCGGUGGGCAAGGAGCUGGACAUGGCUUUCAAAUAUUAUUUCAUUGAAAUUACUAAAAAAUUAUAGAGUAUUUAGAGUUAAA